AUGCAGCGCGGGCUUCCAAUGCAACCGACGGUCGUCCUCUUGCGCGAGGGUACAGAUACAUCGCAAGGGACAGGCCAAUUGCUCUCCAACAUCUCUGCAUGUCUCGCGAUCGCAGAUACGCUUUCAUCGACACUUGGUCCACGUGGAAUGGACAAGCUUAUUGUCAAUGACCGCGGAGAGGCUCAGAUCACCAACGACGGCGCGACGAUUCUCAAGCUUUUGGAUAUCGUCCAUCCUGCAGCCAAGACACUCGUUGACAUUGCGCGUGCACAGGAUGCGGAAGUAGGCGACGGCACGACGAGCGUCGUUUUGCUUGCGGCUCAGUUCUUGAAGGAGAUACGGUCGUAUAUUGAAGAAGGGAUGAGCCCACAUAUCAUCAUCAAAGGUUAUAGAAUGGCUGCUCAGAUGGCGGUAGAUCGUAUCAAAGAGAUACAAGUAUCUAUCGAUAAAACAGACUCAAAACGCUUCCGCGACCUCUUGAUCAAAUGCGCAUCUACGUCGAUGUCGUCCAAGUUGAUACAAAGCCAAAAACCAUUCUUUGCAAACAUGGUGGUAGAUGCCGUCAUGUCGCUGGAUCAGGAUGACCUAGAUGAGAGCCUGAUCGGAGUCAAGCGGAUUUCUGGCGGUGGUAUGCAGGACUCUAUGCUCAUCCAGGGCGUGUCCUUUAAGAAGACAUUCACGUAUGCCGGUGCAGAACAACAACCAAAAUCAUUCAAGAACCCCCUGAUUCUUUGUCUCAAUGUCGAGCUCGAAUUGAAGGCGGAGAAAGACAAUGCCGAAGUUCGGGUCGAAGCUGUCACGGACUAUCAAGCAAUCGUCGACGCCGAAUGGGAAAUUAUCUACCGUAAAUUACAGCUCAUUGAGAAGACAGGUGCAAAGGUCGUUUUGAGCAAGCUUCCUAUCGGCGAUCUGGCGACGCAGUGGUUCGCCGACCGUGACAUUUUCUGUGCUGGGCGUGUCCCCGCACAAGACCUUCGCCGUGUCGUCCAAGCCGUCGGUGGCUCAAUUCAGAGCACAUGUUCAGAUAUUGAUCCAGAGAAACACCUCGGAACUUGCGGUCGGUUCGAAGAACGACAAGUAGGAGGGGAACGAUUCAACGUAUUCGAGGAGUGUCCCAAGGCGAAGACCUGCACGCUUCUCCUUCGAGGUGGCGCGGAGCAGUUUAUCGAAGAAGUAGAACGAAGUCUUCAUGACGCUAUUAUGGUCGUCAAGCGCGCGGUUAAGAAUGGAGAUGUCGUCGCUGGCGGCGGAGCUAUCGAGAUGGACCUGUCCGCACAUAUUCGUGCCAAAGCAAACGCAAUUCAUGGCAAGCUUCAAUUUGUGGUUCUCGCCUUUGCAAAGGCAUUGGAAAUAAUCCCUCGUCAAAUCUGCGAUAACGCAGGUAUCGACUCGACAGACGUAUUGAACAAGCUUCGCAUGCGCCACGCGCAAGGCCAGAUCUGGGCCGGAGUCGAUGUCGAUGGUGCGGAUGGCGUGCGAGAUAACAUGGAGGCCUUUGUCUGGGAGCCGAGUCUGGUCAAAUUGAAUGCGAUCAGCAGCGCCGCUGAGGCGGCGUGCUUGAUUCUCAGCGUGGACGAAACGGUCCGGAAUCCACAGAGUGAAAAGCCAAGCGGAGGUCCAAGAGCGCCGCCAGGAACUGCUCAGCGAGCACUUCGAGGGCGAGGACGCGGAAUGCCCAGACGGUGA